AUGAAAACAAUGGAGAAGAUACUAUUAAAAGACGGAACAAAUAUUCAGUUUUUAAUAACACAUAAUCCAGAAAACAAUAUCAACUGGGAGUCUUACCAUAUUAAAGAUCAUCACACACCGGAUUUCAUACGAUAUAUCAUCAGAAAUGGCUCGAGAUUACUUUUUGAAAACACUUAUAGACCAAUCAACAACUCAAAAUGUGUGAAUUUUUUAACCACUCAAACUUCGUGUGACUCUCCAUCUGACAUGCAAAUUAUUGAAUUCCUCAAUAGUAAAUACAAUUUUUAUAAUUUAGAGAUCGACAAAAUCAACACAAUACGAUUUGGUGCAAUUUAUGCAAAUCCAGACGAAUGCAACUCAUCACAGUGGAUGACCAUUCUCGACGUUUCAAACUCGUUCAUUGAAAGAAUGAACAACGACAAAAACUAUGUGGUAAUUGACACCAAAUACAAAGACAAAAUGUCUAAAGGUGUUCACGUUUCUCUUCGCUUCGGAGUAUCUUCCGCCACUCGCUACGAACGGACAACCCAAUACACUCUAAUUCAUUUAUACUUCGUACUUCCUUUUAAGCACUUCCGACCGCUUCUUGAUCUCUUCGAUCUUAUGUAA